GCGCAAGCAACUGAGGGGAAGAAGAGGGGUACGCAGAUAGACACGGUAAGGUGUAGACACGCAAUAGUAUCGCCGAUGACGGAGUCCACUUCCUGCCUACCUGGAGAAUCACCUCCCCCCAACCAGGUAUAUAACCACCAGAACCACCACAACCACCAGAACCCCCAGCAGCACCAACACCCAACACCAAUACCAACACCAACCCACCAUCACCACCGACCGCGUCAGCAGCAAUCAUCAAAAUGACCCUCCCCACAACCACAGCCACAGCCACAGCCACAGUCGCAGACCCCAUCCCCCUCCCCGCCCCCUUCUCCUCCCUCCCCCGCCUCCCCCUAACCCUAGGCCCCUCGCCCAUCCACCCCCUCCCCCGCAUAACCGCCGACCUGAGCACCCCCACCAACCCGGUCCGCAUCUACGCCAAACGCGACGACCUCUCCUCGCACCUCGCCUACGGGGGCAACAAAACCCGGAAGCUGGAGUACAUCCUGGCGCCGGCCGUGCUGCCCCCAACCCAGCAACCCACCUCCACGCAAUCCCCCACUGCCCCCAAUCCCUCCCCUUCCAGCGGAGAAUGGCGCAAAGCCACAACCCUGAUCUCCAUCGGCGGCCUACAAUCCAACCACACGCGGCAAGUGGCCGCGUGCGCCGCGCACCUCGGCCUCAAAGCCCGACUGGUCCAAGAGAACUGGGUCCCCGACUACACGGCGCACAGCAGCAUGUACGACAAAGUGGGCAACCUGCAGCUGUCGCGACUGAUGGGGGCGGACGUGCGGAUCCACCUACCGACCGAAUUCGGGAUCGGGCAUAAGGAGACGCUGCGCGCGCUGGAGGCCGAAUGUCGCGAGAACGGGGAGGUGCCGUACUAUAUCCCGGCGGGCGGGUCGGAUCACCCGCUGGGCGGGGUGGGGUUCGCGCGGUGGGCGUUCGAAGUCCGGUUCCAGGAGGCGUCGGGGGCGGUGCUGCCCGCCGGGGAGCGGUUCGAUACGGUGGUGGUUUGUGCGGUGACGGGGGGCACGUUGGGGGGGAUGAUUGCGGGCUUUAAACUGCUGGAAAAAUUGUAUCCGGAGGACGAGGCCGGCACCAAGAAGCGGAGGGUCAUUGGAGUGGAUGCUAGUGCAAAGCCGGAGGAGACGCGCGCCCAGGUGUUGAGGAUUGCGAGGGUGACGGCGGCGCAGAUCGGGUUGCAAGAAGAAGAUAUCGCCGACGAGGAUGUGGUCUUGGUCGAGGAUUAUCAUGCCGGGUUGUAUGGGGUGCCGGACCAGCAGACGUGGGAGGCCAUUGAGUAUGCCGCCCGCAUGGAGGCGUUCAUCACCGACCCCGUCUACGAGGGGAAGAGCUUUGCCGGGAUGGUGGAUCUGAUUCGCAAGGGCCAGAUUACGGGGAAUGUGCUGUAUGCUCAUUUGGGAGGCCAGUUGGCGUUGAAUGCGUAUACGGAUGUGGGCGAGAGGAAGGCGUGAACUAGGCAGGUUACGGGUUAUUAUGGAGAAGCAAUGCAUAUCAAUGUAUUAAGGAGUG